AUGUCGGCAGAAGCACUUGUGUGGGAUAAUGAUGUAUCAGCUCAUGCCCAGACUGUUGCCAAGGCCAAAUAUGAAUUUUUAUUUGGCUUGGAAGAAGAGAAGCGUUCAGAAAUGGGUAGUGGCCAUGCAAGCAGCACUUUGGUCCCUCAUACGAUCAUCAAUGAAUUUCCAGAGUAUGGCACCAUAGAGCCAAGUGGAGAUGUGCCGAGGGCUUCAUCGCCAUGCCAGGCAGAGCCUGUGACACACAGUCCAGAAAUAGGGGACAGUCACCACCGGGUACCUGGCAGGUCCCUUCCUCAGUGUGCGGCUCCUGCAGACAAUUUGAGACCUGAUGCUGGGGCAGCACAGCUGCAUGCCCCAGAAGAAGGUUUGCAACCUGCCGGUGACCUGCCAGAGAUUAUGAAAAUCUCUCGACGGCUGGAAACAACAAAGGUGCAAGAGAGAGCAAAUACUUCUCUUGACUCAGAGACUCAAAUGGAAAAAAAGAGUGUUACUGGCAGCCAAAAUGUGCAGGCAGCCAGAGAACCAGUUCCAGCAGGCCAAGAAAAACCCUCAGACAUGCCUCUUCCAUCUGAACGAACAGCUGAAGAAAAAAUGCAUUUGAUCAUAGAGAAAGAUCUGGCUGCAAUAUGGACUGGAGAAAAGCAGUCCGAGUCCUUGCAAGCCAUCAGUAAUAAAGCCGAGGAGGUCCAUGCAGCGCAGGAGACAAGCUGUCAUAGACCAUCUGUGACAAACCUGGAAGCAGCCAGCAGAGUGGAGGGGUGGGCGCAUUUUGAGGAGUUUUCAGCGUACAGUCAAGGCAAAAUGCAAAUGGGUCCUGAGAGAAGGCUCUCUAAAGAGGCAGCUGUGAGCAAACACGUAGAAUUUCAAGGGGUGGAGAUUUUAUGGCUGCAAAAAGCCGAGGAGCAGAGAAGAAAGAAGCACUCGCUGCUGGAGACUGUGUCUGUGGAGAAGAAGGCAUCCCCCAAAACAUCCAGCCACCCUGCACCACUGAUGGUCUCCCCAGGCUUGGUCUCCUCGCAGGACAGCGCUUGGAGCGAGGUCUGUGAGGACCUGAGGCUGGGACCCGCUGCCUCUGGAGCCACUCCUCUGGUGCUGCUUGAUGAAAGCGGGGAGGAUGAAGUUUUUGUGAAGGACAAGAAGAGCCACAGUGAGGAAGAGAUGGCUGUGCUAGCGAGAGGCCAGGGCAGGAUGAUGGAGGAGGGGGAAGCAGCCAUGGGAGGAUAUGAAGAUGUCCUUGGGCAGAGGCACUCUGACAUCUCCACUGAUCUGUACAGCUCACAGUUUGAAAACAUCCUAGACAAUACAUCUUUAUACUACAGCGCGGAGUCGCUGGAGACAUUGUACUCGGAGCCUGAUAGCUACUUCAGCUUUGAGAUGCCACUCACUCCCAUGAUCCAGCAGCGCAUGAAGGAGGGCAGCCAGUUUUUAGAUCGGACAUCGGCCUCGGGGCAGCCAGAUGUCCUGCAGCUUCCCCCUGACGGGGCGAUGAAGGGCUGCGGUGAAGGCAUCGCCAAUGGCUUAAGGGAUGCAAGAGAAACACUCUUCAGAGGAGAUGUCACGGAAGUCCCUUGUUUGGAAAGCAAUGCUGAACUGCAGAAUAUGGUGUUAGACUCUGCUGCUGCCAUGGGGAGCAAUGAACUUCAGGAGAAAGAUGUCACUGGAGCCCUUGGCCAUGAUCUCAGCAAUGGCAGCAGCAGCAAUUUGGAAGCAGCCAGGCGCCUGGCUAAGCGCCUCUACCAUCUGGACAGAUUCAAACGCUCUGAUGUGGCAAAGCAUUUGGGUAAAAACAACGAAUUCAGCAAGCUUGUGGCCGAAGAAUACCUUAAAUUUUUUGACUUCACAGGCAUGACGCUGGACUACUCGCUUAGGAGUUUCUUUAAAGCUUUUUCACUUAUCGGAGAAACUCAGGAACGAGAGAGAGUUUUAAUCCACUUCUCCAGCAGAUACUACCAGUGCAACCCAAACACCAUUUCUUCUCAAGAUGGAGUUCACUGUCUCACGUGUGCCAUGAUGCUGCUGAACACAGACCUGCAUGGCCACAACAUUGGGAAAAAGAUGACCUGCCAAGAGUUCAUUGCUAACCUCCAGGGGAUGAACAAUGGCAAAGACUUCCCGAAAGGGCUGUUGAAGGCUCUCUACAAUUCAAUCAAGAAUGAGAAGCUGGAAUGGGCUGUGGAUGAAGAAGAGAAAAAAAAGUCUCACUCAGAUGGUACAGAUGAAAAGGAUAAUGGGAGCCAGACAAAGGCUGUCAGUCGAAUUGGCAACUCAAAUAACCCAUUCCUGGACAUCCCUCAUGACCCUAAUGCUGCUGUGUAUAAAACUGGAUUUCUGGCUCGGAAAAUCCAUGCGGAUAUGGAUGGAAAGAAAACUCCCCGGGGAAAGCGAGGCUGGAAAACCUUUUAUGCUGUGCUGAAGGGAACAGUCCUGUACUUACAGAAGGAUGAAUACAAGCCAGAAAAGGCUUUGUCGGAGGAAGAUCUGAAGAAUGCCGUUAGUGUGCAUCAUGCGCUGGCAUCCAAGGCAACAGACUAUGAGAAGAAACCCAAUGUCCUCAAGCUUAAAACAGCAGAUUGGAGGGUCCUGCUUUUCCAAGCCCAGAGCCAAGAAGAAAUGCAGACUUGGAUCAAUAAGAUUAACUGUGUGGCUGCUGUCUUCUCUGCACCGCCAUUUCCAGCGGCAAUUGGCUCUCAGAAGAAGUUCAGUCGCCCGCUCCUGCCAGCCACCACAACGAAGCUAUCUCAGGAUGAACAGCUGAAGUCCCAUGAAGCUAAGUUGAAGCAGAUCUCCACUGAGCUUGCCGAGCAUCGUUCCUAUCCUCCUGACAAGAAGCUCAAAGGCAAGGAAGUAGAUGAUUACAAACUGAAGGACCACUAUCUGGAGUUUGAGAAAAAUCGCUAUGAGAUUUACGUUGGCCUCCUGAAAGAAGGGGUGAAGGAGCUGCUGAGUGGAGGAGAGAAUGAUGCGCCAGGACUGAAGAAAUCCCACUCGAGUCCCUCAUUGAAUCAGGAGUCUCCAGUUAGUGCCAAGGUGAAACGCAAUGUCUCAGAGAGGAAGGACUACAGGCCAGAAACACCCAGCAUUAAGCAGAAGGUCACUUAG